AUGUCUAACAGACACCCGCCAUCUCAAGACGUGGGAGAGGGCAUAGUCGUCGUCACAGAGGCUAUAUUUCGGGGGUUUCAAAAGGAGGUCGCUGCAGUCUUUACGCAGCAAUGGGCCCACAUUCAAAAGCUAGAAGGGCGGAUACAGGACCUCCAACAUCGCGUCGACUCCCUUGAAGGUGGCAAGGACCAGGCUGUAGCCGCAGUGUGCGUCAUCAAAGGCGAUGGAGCUGAGGGCGUGAAUCAGCACUAG